CUGCUUACCGCUACAGUGUGGAACAUGGUGGAGAGAACAGAAUGAAACCUGGACUUAGAAAAUAUGUCUGUGAUCUCACACUGGACCUAAACACAGUAAACAGACACCUCUCUCUGUCUGAGGAGAACAGAAAGGUGACAUGUAGGAGAGAGGAGCAGCCGUAUCCUGAUCACCCAGAGAGAUUUGAGGUCUGGGGACAGGUGCUGUGUAGAGAGGGUCUGACUGGGCGCUGUUACUGGGAGGUAGAGUGGAGUGGGAUAAUGGGGGCUGCUAUAGGAGUGACAUUUAAAGUAAUCAGCAGGAGAGGAAGAGGUCUUGACUGUUGUCUUGGAUACAAUGACAAGUCCUGGAGUCUGGACUUCUCUGACAACAGAUACUCUGCCUGGCAUAAUAAUAAUCCCACUACCAUAGACGUCCCCUCCUCCAGCCCCCACAGAGUAGGAGUGUAUCUGGACUGGUCAGCCGGCACUCUGUCCUUCUAUAGAGCCUCCUCUGACACACUGACCCACCUGAUCACAUUCACCUCCACAUUCACUGAGCCCCUCUAUCCAGGGUUUAGGGUUCAUUAUGAAUCCUCAGUGUCCCUGAAAUAAUAACUGGACACACACACACACACACACA